CGCCGCCAACCUGUGGGCGGAGAGGAGUAGGGGGGCGGGGGGCGGAAAGCCAAGCCCGGUACUUCCCACACAUAGCUCAGGUACUCUGCAGUCAGGGUGGGGAAAGUGUCGCCUUCUGGGUCUCCAGUUCGCCACAGUGACCCCUGCGUUUCCCGGUGCUGCGACUCUGAAGCUACGAUAGUUUCUGCGUCUGGACGCUGGCGCGCAGCCUCACUCUACGGACCUGGCGGGAGGGUGCUGCAGCGAAGUCUUGGCAGCGUCUGUGCGUGUCCUCCCCGCUCCCCCAACCCUGCGCCACCCGCAUCCCCGCCCCCUCGCUCUGCGCCUCCUCCUUGGCUGCGGGCAGAGGGCUUCAAACAGCUGCAGCGCCCAGUGUUUGGACAGCCUGUAGGAGGCACACACGCCUACACCCACCCUGCCUAGCCGCACCCCUGCCCAGCAUGUCGGCGCUCGAGUGGUACGCCCACAAAUCUCUGGGCGAUGGCAUCUUCUGGAUUCAAGAACGCUUUUAUGAGUCGGGCAACCGCGCCAAUAUUUGGUUGGUGCGUGGCUCGGAGCAGGACGUAGUGAUUGAUACCGGCCUGGGGCUUCGCAGCCUCCCGGAGUACCUGUAUUCCUCCGGCCUUUUGCAGGACUGCGGGUCCAAAGAGGAUGCGGCACCCAGGCCGCUGCUGGCUGUGGCCACCCACGUGCACUUCGACCACUCCGGCGGUCUUUAUCAGUUUGACCAGGUGGCCGUGCACCACGCCGAGGCCGAGGCCCUAGCUCGCGGGGACAACUUUGAGACCGUGACCUGGCUCUCCGACAGCGAGGUGGUGCGGGCGCCCAGUCCGGGCUGGAGGGCCAGGCAGUUCCGAGUGCAGGCGGUGCAGCCCACCCUCAUCCUGCAAGAUGGGGAUGUGAUCAACCUUGGUGACAGACAACUCACUGUUAUGCACAUGCCAGGUCACUCCAGGGGCAGUAUUUGCUUACAUGACAAAGACCGAAAGAUUCUCUUCAGUGGAGAUGUUGUAUAUGAUGGAUCACUGAUUGAUUGGCUCCCAUACAGCAGGAUAAGUGACUAUGUUGGAACUUGUGAACGUCUAAUAGAAUUAGUGGACAGAGGUCUGGUUGAGAAAGUGCUCCCUGGGCACUUCAAUACCUUUGGCGCUGAAAGGCUUUUUCGAUUGGCAUCUAACUAUAUUUCAAAAGCUGGGAUAUGUCACAAAGUAUCUACUUUUGCCCUGCGAUCUCUUGCAAGUUUAGCCCUACGUGUAACAAAUUCUAGGACCUCACCCUAGUAUCUAUGCUGAUGAUCUAUUUUGAUUAACUGUAUCCAAUAUUCCAGUUCAUUUUGUGCUGUUUAAAAUGGUUAAUAGUGUGCAUUUCAAAAGUGCUUUUAUACCACUGUUGUAUAUUAGAGAAAAAAAGAUUAAGAAUGAAAAAACCAAAAAAGAGGAAGGUUUUAGUUUAAUUUUUUUUCUUCCAAGUAAGUAACCACUUAAAUAAACUUACAGUUUGCCAAAGCUGUCAUAAUAUUUGCUCUAAAAUGCCAUAAGUGUAUAAAGGGACACAAAGAGGCAUUUUGCAACAAUAGAACUGUCUGCCCAUUUUUCUUAUUUUAUUUCCUAGGUGACCAGGAAAAAAAGCAUCUAGAGCCUUAUGUUUAUAUGCCAAACUUGAUUUUUUUAGUAUAUUAUUUUAAGAUAAAGUUUCUUGUGUUCAAAAUCCAUUAGAAUUCAAUAUGAACAUGUAAAAUCUAACCAUUUAGAAUGACAGCUAAAACAUCCCAUGGUUAUUGUCUGGAAUUUUUUAAGCCUCUUUGCAUUUUAUUUAUUUUGUUUGUAAUUAUAUAUUAUAUGCUAUGUAAUUUAACUUAUGAAAAUUAUAAAUUUUGUUUUAUUGCAAAGCUUUAAAUUUCAGAGUACUUCAGUAAAAGCUAUUUAUUGUUAUCUGUUAUUAUGUAAGUAAUAUUUUCAGUCAUAAAAGUGAAAUUCAAAUGUAUGUAAUCUAACAACAAAUUGUCAGAUUUCUUAGGACACUGUCAGGAAAAUUUGAAAAUAUACAUAUUGAGAAUAAUUUUUAUUAUAUCCUAUUUUAAUACUAACAGCUAUUAUAAACAAAAUCUUUCUUGUUAAAUAGCAUCUUCAGUAUUGUGUCAUAUUUUGCAGUAUCAAAACAACUAUGGAGAUCUAUGAUAUCUUGAUAUAUGCUAUUCUUUUACCUAACAACACGUCUGUACCACAGAAGGAUUUUCAAGUUAAUUGCAAAAUGUCCAUUAGAUAUUGAUCUAGAAUGAAUGGCCUUUUUAAUCCUGAUUCACAACACCUAUUCCUAUUCAGUAUUCUUUGUCUUGAAUGAAGACAAGUCUGCAUUCCUAAGUCAUAGAAAAGGUUAAACCACUAUUCAGUAAAAUGUUUUGGUUUGAUGCUCUUAAUAAUCAUUUAUUAAAAACGCUUUUGGAGUAUUUCAUAAAGGUUUUGUAGACUUUUUUUCACUGCAUUUUUAUUAUCGACAUGUCUAGAACCAAACUGAUAAUGCUUUGGAAAUCAGAUCUUUUAAUAUUAGGAAGGUCCAGCAAUUAUUUUUUCUGUCAUAUUAUGUAACUUUUUCUACUGUGCAGAUAUCCAGAUUUUUUAGCUUUUUAUUCAUUCUUUCACACACACAUACACACACGCAAAUUUACACAGUCAUGUACAUACAUGCACAGCACCUGGAAGCCUCAAAAGUCAGAGACAUUAUAGCUGGAAAUUGAAGGCACAUGAAACAUGAAAACUCAGGGGCACCUGACCACUGAGCCACAUCCCCAGCCCUUUUUUGUAUUUUAUUUAGAGACAGGGCCUCACCGAGUUGCUUAGCACCUUGUCAUUGCUGAGGCUGGCUUUGAAUUCAACGAUCCUCCUGCCUCAGCCUCCCAAGCUGCUGGAAUUACAGGCAGUUGUUAGGAUUUUUGAGUCACAUUUGGAAGGAUGACUUGUUAGGUUGUUAGGGUAGGAAACAAAAAGAUUCAAGAACGGGGAUGUAAGAAUUACUAGGUAGAGUAGUCUUUCCUUGUGACAAUAUAAAUUUCCUUUUCAAGGAAUCCCAUUUCUCCCAAGCACCAUAUAUUUAGCAUGAGAAAAAGAGAUUUGUGAUUGUGUAUAAGAGUCAUGUUUAUUGCAGAUGGGCUGAGCUGAACUGCCACAUGCCACCAAAUGAACCUCAGAGUCAGAAAGAGGCCAAGGUUGGUUCACAUAUAGAAUAUGAUGAGAGUUCUCUGUGGUAGUCAUUCAAGGCAGUAGGUCUGUUUCAAAUGAGUACAACACUGAGAAUAUAGAUUUGGUUCAGGGCAACUACAAUCACUUAAUAAGCCUUAAAUAUAGCCAUUAUUUUUAUAUCAGUAGCACAAAAGAAAACCAAAAGUCCUUAAUCAUUGACCAUUUUAUCUUAUUUUAGAAAUUUUUUAAAAAAUCAGAGUACAGUAGGCAUUGAAUUUUAUUAGAAAACAUUUACUCUUCCUGAAAGAUUUCCUUAUUUAUUAAAAGUGUAAUUUUUUGGAACAGAUUGAUAUUUUUUAAUUUGGCAAUUUUUUUUUAGUUUUUCAAAUUGUAACACAACAUAAGACAGUGGUAUUUUGCUGUUGCUACAGUGUGAAAAAAUGGAAAUAAAUUAGGGAAAGGAUAUCAUUCAUUUAUUAUCCAUGCUAUACAUUUAAAAUAUGCAUUAUUUAAUUUAAUCCUGGUUCUAGCACCAAGAGGUAAUUGACCAGCUUCACAGAACAGGACAAAGCUGGUAACUGAACACAGGUCUGUCUACCCCUAAACUGUGUUCUUUCUCUUAUACCUGCACAACACAUAAAAUUGGCAGUAUAUUUUUACUUUUCCAAGAUGCCACAUGUGCCAAUAAUAAAUCAGAUGAUAUUGAAGCAUAAUAACAUAUUUAAAAAAAAAGCUUUUAAAUUAGAUAUUUUCACCCUGACAGUGACCUUUAUUGUAAUUUAUGAUUCUGGGAAAUAUUAGAAUGUAAGUAUAAUUCAAAGUUGUUAAAUUAAGACAUUUAGAAAUAAUUUUUAUUUAUAUUGCUAAUUUAUCUUAGAAUAUUCAUUUUUCUUAUUCGAUGUCUUUUUUUUCCAUAUCUCUUUUUAACUGAGAAUCUUAAAUGAAAACCUUGUGUGUUAUCCUGAUGUAGUUGAAUAAAUAGUUAUGUAUUGUUCUUUAUGGAUAGUAAUAUGAAUGUAACGCACAAAUUGUCCUCUUAUAAUUUUCAGAUAAAUGUAAGUAAACAUUCGUGUAAUAAAUAUUAAA